AUGAUUUCAAUUACUACCAGCAUCAUCACACUGUACGACGGAAGUGGGACCAACCCUUGGAGCCUCCUUCAACCCAACGCCUCGCGUUCGAGGCGGAUUGCGGUGUACGGGGCCCUCUUCUCAAGUAUUAACGUUCCCGAUCAGCGCCCCCUCUUCAAACGCCAUCCAUCACUUGGCAGUGCCGGUCUCCAUCCCCUUAUCUCAGCCCGCAACAUCCUACUAGUCUUUGGACGAUUUGCGGAAACGUCCGACUUGAGAAUCGGCCUUCGACAGACGGAACUGCCUCAUACCAAAUUAAGGCACGAAUUCGGACUUUAA